UUCUCUCCCUACUAUAUCGCUAGUCUAUUCUUUUCUUUCACUUGUCUCACCUAGACAUGCCCUGCUCUACCAGGCUCCAUGUCUGGGUCGAGUUUUGUAGUUUUGGGUUUUUCUUACAUUGUUUUUUUCUUUUAAAUAUGCUUUUCUUUGGGCUCUAUCAUGUUCGCCUUCUCUUUUUCUCACUCUCUCUCACUUUUGGUAUCUUGAUGCAAUAUCUUGCUUUGAAUAGCUAAUCUUUGCAAUCUGCUUCUUGGAUUCUCCCACCAUUUCUUUUUUCUGUUUGCAGAUUUUUUCCCAUGCUUUCGGUUUUAAAAAGAGAAAUUCUUCUUGUGUGUUCACAAGCAAGAAUUAUUUUUAUGUAUCUCUGUGUGUGCGUGUAUGAUAUCUGCAGUUUGUCUUGUUAUCAGUUGGAACCCUUUAUUCUUUUCUUUAGUGUAAGGUUUGACAGCGGAAAGAAGCUUAUUUUAAAUGAGUGCAGAUGGAGAGAAGUGUGAUUCCUUCUCAUUUGCUCCCUUUAUUUAUAAGGGAGAGCCCAUCUAGGUGUUCAGAAUAAUUAAGUGGGUUCAGGGUCUCCCUCCUGCUCUGUUUUCCUCUCAUGAUCAUACUGUCUUCCUGUUUCAAUAACUGUAAUUAUUACAUCUAUUUUGUAUCUGUCAAACCAGAGUUUCACCACUAGGAAGCCUCAAGGAAGGCUUCUACCUCUCGAACACUUCAUUUGUUUUUAUUUGCUGGCUAUUUGAAUUCUUUGGGUUUUCAUAGUCAUGGAAAGGCUGAACUCAAAGCUGUACUUGCAGAACUGUUACAUAAUUCAAGAGAAUGAGAGGCUAAGGAAGAAAGCACAGCUUCUCAACCAGGAGAAUCAAGCACUGCUGUCUGAGCUGAAGCAGAAGCUCUCCAAGGCAAACUCAAAAGCAAGUGCCGCAAACACUAUUCCAGACCUCAACCUCAGCUCCUCUGCCUCCACCACAUCUGCUGCCAAUUCCACUGACCCAUGAACCAUCAUGGGCAACCCUCUUAGACUCCCUUGCCUUCUUUUUUUUCCUUUUUGAUUUUGUGUAAAACCUUUAGCCAACAAUAGUAGUUUCUUGCAGUUGUAGUUGCAUAGUUCCAUAGUAGUAUCUUUCUACCAGUCUUGCCUCUUACAGAUGAUAUUCCCAUCUUUAACAUAUCUUUUUCUUUCUUUCUUUCUUUCCUCUUUUGGGUGGGGGGUUGUUCUUUAGGAGAUGGAUCUCUGAACUUCAAAGAUGUAUCAGGAUAUCUGCUAGAAAUGAAUAUAAUCUUUUGGUCAUAUUA